CCCUCAUGGCACCGGUGGGCCACAUACUAACAUGGCGCUUUCCUUUUGUUAACAGUCUUGCCAAAAUUCCUUUUGUUUUUUUCACACGCGCACUAUGUUUGUUUUGACACUGACCCCUCCGUUCAGCGACUUUUCCGACCCCUCAUCGGACUGUUUUUCUUAUUCGUACAUUGCCAAGUGGACAGAGGACAUCCCAGUGCCUGCCAUAUCCGGAGAGGAUUUGUUUUUUUCUUCAGAGUUCCAGGACAUGCACGGAUCCGAUGCUUUCGAGCUAAAGGAUACCGCUUCUGUUCACAGCAUGGACAGUGCAUACCAGAGCCAGUCAUCGGGCGCCAGCCGGCGCGGAGCCCCAGCGGCACAAGGAUUUCAGCCAAUGCCUGCCCAGGAUAGCCGGACCCUAAUGGCUAAUCAGUUCAUGGGGAGCAGCAGCAUAUACUCCCCGUCAAUGAGCUCCGACAACAUCACCGGUUUUGCGGAUCCACAGGACAUGAACCAGAUGCAUCUACCAGCCGCUGCCGGAGACAUGGAAGCCGGAGAACGGGCGUUUGCUUAUGCUAAUCUCUCUACGGGCCAGGACUACUCCCACCAUUCGACCAACAACGUUUCUCGUGUCGCGUCUGGGAACGCGAUCAAUCUGGGUUAUGCCUGGAGCCCUGCAGAUACCCAGCUUUUCAGCGGGGCGUACGGGUACCCAUCGUAUCCCAAUUCCACGCAGGGCAUGGAUCCUACGUUGUACUCGAGCCAAGACACGACCGAAUUGAUGUAUACCGCGCCGGCACAACCGCAAAGACCGCCGAACAGGCCUCGCAUCGACACGUCCGGCCGCCCAGCCGCAACCCGCAAUCCCCCGUCCUUUGCGGCCUCGCAUGAUUCGCGACGGGCUUCAAUGAAUGAUGCCAGCUAUGGCGCCAUGGUCAUGUCGCCAACCAGCGCAGUCGAUGUUCACAUUGCGCAGACCUCGGAGUUGGGUCAGCAACACCUAGUCGAGCCACGGAAUGAGAAAGAGGAAACCGCCUCCACCUCCCUAGCCACCCAGUCGGUCCAGGACGAAGAUGAUAUCCUCUCGCCCGCGGAUGCUGCCCAUGCCAAGCAAAUGGAAGAAGAGCAGAGCAAGGUAGCCCGAAACCACCCUCUGUACCAAACUUCACCGGAUAAAGAAGGAAAAUACCACUGCCCCUACGAGAAGGAGCCGGGAUGCAACCAUAAGCCGACACCGCUCAAGUGCAACUAUGACAAAUACGUGGAUUCACAUCUGAAGCCCUUCCGCUGCAGUAGGAAUGUAUGCGAAGGUAUCCAGUUCUCUUCCACCGCCUGCCUCCUUCGCCACGAAAGAGAGGCCCACGGCAUGCACGGUCAUGGAUCCCGUCCCCAUCUCUGCCACUUCCCGGAUUGCGACCGGGCUUCGGUGGGCAAUGGCUUUCCUCGCCGCUACAACCUCUAUGACCACAUGAAGCGGGUGCACGAUUUCACCGGGCCUACGACCGACUCGUCCCCCACCACGACACAGGGUCAGGCAUCGGGCAACCGCAAGCCCUCUUCGCGGAAGCGAAAGUCGACCGCGGACGAAAGUGGCGAGAAGCGUCAAAGGGUCAGCAAACCGUCAGCUCAACAACAACAGCUUCAACGGCGCCGAACGCAGUUGGAGCAUGAGUUCUUGAGCACGAAGCAGAGCCUCAUCAACUUCUUGACCAACCUCAACGGGCCUAAUGACCUGAAAGACGUCGACACGCUCACCAGUGACUUCUUCCACCUUCGUGACAUCUCGACCAAGUUCAAGGAGGUUGGUGGCUGAAGGCCCGGAUCACACGUGGACUCCGUCUGCCGUGACGCCAACUGCAAGGUUUGUUCACAUGCCGGAUCCGAUCUCCUGGAUGUAUUUCUUCGCGC